AUGAUCAAGCCCGAAGACAGGUUCUACUCGGAGGGUCAGGGCUAUUUUAGCCCAAGAGAAAGACCUAUAACCGAAACCCACUACAACGUAUGGGAUUGGGAUCAGCUGCGAUUGAUCAAAGUUAAAGGAACUGCCAAAUUUUUCCCACCUGACGAAGAUGUCGAGAACUCAAUUCUUGCGCAAUUCGCCGAUAACCUUUCGCCGGAAGUGGUGGAUUUCCUAAAUCUAGAAUUAGGGAUCAUACAUCAAGAUAUUACACCUCGAAAUUUGCUUGUCGACCCCGAAACAGACAAUAUUCUUCUCUUCGAUUUUGAUUGGGCCGCCAAUGGAAAGGACUACCUACUCGAUGAUCGAGAUGAUGUGUCUAGUGUUGUGUUCACAUUAUACGAGAUCAUCACGAACGAUACACAUUUUACGAGCAUUCCUCACUGGGAACGAAACAUGGAUAUGGUGCAGACGAGCUUGGCCGGACAAAGGAGGGGGAAACUGUUUGGCGAACGGGUCCGCGUACAAGACGCACUACACUAA